AUGGCGGUGACGCAGUACCAGCGCUUCUUGAAGCUCUGCGAGGAGUGGCCCGUGGAGGAAACUAAGCGUGGGCGGGACUUGGGCACUUUCCUUCGGCAGAGGGUGGCGCAGGCCUUCCGUGAGGGAGAGAACACGCAGAUUUCUGAUCCAGUGACCUGCAAUGAAAUGUUUGAGAGUAUAGCCAAAAUCCAUACCAAUUACUAUACAAACAAGUAUCCACAUUUGAAAGAUACAAGCUUUACUGGGGUGACAGUUGAAGAAUGCAAGCUAGUCCUUGCAACAGCUAGCUUGAAGCAGAUGGAAGAAGCAAAGAAAGGAAAAUGGACAAAGUUUCGUGAGAAAUUUUCUGCCAAGAAUCCUGAAGAAGAUUCCAAAUGAUAACUUUGUGACACUAGCCAAUUUUCCUAAAGCACUAUAUUUUGCCUCCUUGAAACAG